AUGGACAGCGACAAUGACAUGGACAAUCUGGGAGCUGGAGAUGCCAAGGCUGACACCAUCUCCAAUAUUGUAGAACAGCUGAAGUCGGCCUGCACCGAGGAGCGGCUGAGCGGGUGUCUCACGUUCUCCCAGCUGGUGUCGCGCGAGCUGACGCUGGACGUGCUGCGCGCCCACCGGCUGGUGCGCCUGGUCGGUCCACUGCUGGUGGACCCGAACCAGGAUGUGCGUGAAGCCAGCGACAGGGCGGUGUCGGCGGCGAACAAGAGUGACGUGUGUCGCACGCUGCUGCGGUGUCUGGACCUGGCCGUGUACCCCUCCGAGGUGGUGGUGGCUGUGGGUGAGUACUUGAUCCUGCCGCGGUGUCUGGACCUAGCCAUGUACCUUUCCGAGAUGGUGGUGGCUGUGGGUGAGUACUUGAUCCUGUUGCGGUGUCUGGAUCUGGCCGUGUACCCCUCCGAGAGGGUGGUGGCUGUGGGUGAGUACCGUACCCUGCUGCGGUGUCUGGACCGGGCCGUGUACCACUUCGAGGUGGUGGUGGCUGUGGGAGAGUGUCUGUACGCGCUCUCGGAGGACAACGAGUCAGUAGCGGUGCUGGUGCGCGAGCAGGCGCCGCUAGUGCGCGCGCUGCUGACCGCCGACGGCGACUCGGGUGACCGCGCCCUGCUGAGGGUGCUCGCCCUGGGUAUUCUGAUCAACGUGAGCAGCGAUGGUAAUGACCUGAGACCGGGUCAGGCCAUGACCCUGAUCACCCGCACUCUGACCUACGACGCCCGUAACCUGGCCUGCAAGGUCUCGUCCAAUGCAGAAGCCGAGGACUACGAGCUGCAGCUGGCCGACCUGUCGCUGCUGCUGAACGCCCAGCGCGUGGCCUUGGAGAUCCUCACUGACCUCAGCAGCGGGGACGAUGCCUCUGAUGGCUGGGCGGACCAGGACUCGCUGGAGCACGAGGACGAGCUCGAUGACGAGGACCAAGAGGACGCCGCCGAGAUGAUGGAGGAGGACGGCUGGAGGGACGACGGCGCGGCCUCCGCCCUACCGAACGAGCUGCACGAGGCGAUCAUGGGCGGGGGUCUGCUGCGGACUCUGCUCGCUAAGGCGGACUGUCCGCCGGCCAACGUGGCAGACAUCCUGACGCAGACACCGGCUGGCAGCCAGGUCUGCAAAAGGUUCCGCACCCUGCGCUGCGGCGUGUUCCUGUGCCUCAGCAACCUAGUGACGGCGCUGUCGCUGCCGGAGCUGGGCGGCGACGCUGAACUGGUGGGCCUUUGGAGACGCAUGGCACAGCUGGUGUUCGGCGACGAGGCCGGUGAGGAGCGGCGACUGGCGGCCGACGCCGUCUCUUGUAGAAUGCCGCUGGUGUACUUCAUGUGGUGUGGGUCACACGGGCAGAACACUGCGCAUGCGCACAUAUUCCUCGCGAACGAGAACUGCCGGCUACAGUGA